GCGCAGAGGCUGGGCAGUGCUCGGGGCUCCCGGCCGCCUCAGACCCGCCGCCGCCGCCAUGAAGUCCCGCUUCAGCACCGUGGACCUGCGCGCCGUCCUGGCCGAGCUCAACGCCAGCUUACUGGGGAUGCGAGUGUACAACGUCUACGACGUGGAUAACAAAACGUACCUUAUCCGCCUGCAGAAGCCAGAAUGCAAGGCUACUCUUCUCCUUGAAUCUGGUAUACGGAUUCACACAACAGAGUUUGAGUGGCCAAAGAAUAUAAUGCCAUCUGGCUUUUCAAUGAAGUGUCGUAAGCAUUUAAAGUCUCGAAGGCUUGUCAGUGUGAAACAGCUGGGCAUUGACAGAAUUGUGGAUUUUCAGUUUGGAAGUGAUGAAGCAGCCUAUCACCUGAUCAUUGAGCUCUAUGAUAGGGGAAACAUUGUUCUAACAGACUACGAGUACACAAUUUUAAACAUCCUGAGGUUUCGCACAGAUGAAGCAGAUGAUGUUAAAUUUGCAGUCCGGGAACGGUACCCAGUGGACAGUGCUAAAGUACCUGCACCUUUACCUACUUUGGAACAGCUGACUGAAACAAUAUCAAAUGCACCUAAAGGGGAACUGCUGAAAAGGGUCCUUAACCCACUUCUCCCUUAUGGAGCAACACUCAUUGAACACUGCCUUAUAGAAAUGGGAUUUUCUGGUAGUGUCAAAAUAGAUCAACAUAUGGACAGUAAAGAAAAUAUUGAAAAGCUACUUGCUGCAUUACAAAAGGCAGAAGAAUACAUGAAGAUAACUGAAAACUUUAGUGGAAAGGGUUAUAUCAUACAGAAAAGGGAAAAAAAGCCAAGCCUGGAACCAGAUAAGCCUGUAGAAGAGAUUCUCACAUAUGAGGAAUUUCACCCUUUCUUGUUUUCUCAACAUUCAAAAUGUCCGUACCUGGAAUUUGAAUCAUUUGAUAAGGCAGUGGAUGAAUUUUAUUCCAAACUAGAAGGCCAGAAGAUUGACCUGAAAGCUUUGCAACAGGAAAGACAAGCAAUGAAGAAGCUGGAAAAUGUUCGUAAGGAUCACGAACAUAGACUAGAAGCUCUUCAUCAAGCUCAGGAAAUUGAUAAGGUAAAAGGAGAGCUUGUAGAAAUGAACCUCGAGAUAGUAGACCGUGCUAUCCAAGUGGUUCGCAGUGCAUUGGCCAACCAGAUAGACUGGACUGAAAUUGGAGCGAUUGUAAAAGAAGCUCAAGCUCAGGGCGACCCUGUUGCAAGUGCAAUCAAAGAAUUAAGGCUUCAGACAAAUCAUAUCACAAUGCUCUUGAAGAACCCUUAUGUACUGUCUGAGGAAGAGGAAAAUGAUGAUGAAGCUGAUCCAGCAAAUGAAGAAAAGAAAGAGUCAAAAGGAAAAAAGAAAAAGAAUAAAACCAAACAGCUGAAGAAACCACAGAAAAACAAGCCGUUGUUGGUUGAUGUUGAUCUCAGCUUGUCUGCCUAUGCCAAUGCCAAAAAGUAUUAUGAUCAUAAGAGGCACGCAGCGAAAAAAACACAGAAGACAGUUGAAGCUGCAGAGAAGGCAUUCAAAUCAGCUGAAAAGAAGACAAAGCAAACACUGAAGGAAGUUCAAACAGUUACUACCAUUCAGAAAGCAAGGAAGGUUUAUUGGUUUGAGAAGUUCCUGUGGUUCGUUAGCUCUGAAAAUUACCUCAUUAUAGCAGGAAGAGAUCAACAGCAGAAUGAAAUGAUUGUGAAGCGAUACCUGAAAUCAGGGGACGUAUAUGUGCAUGCUGAUCUUCACGGUGCAACAAGUUGUGUCAUCAAGAAUCCCACAGGUGAUCCGGUCCCUCCACGUACCCUGACUGAGGCAGGCACAAUGGCAUUAUGUUACAGUGCUGCCUGGGAUGCCCGUAUCAUUACUAGUGCGUGGUGGGUUUAUCAUCAUCAGGUAUCUAAAACAGCACCAACCGGAGAAUACCUGACUACCGGAAGCUUCAUGAUCAGAGGGAAAAAAAAUUUCCUUCCACCUUCAAAUCUUAUGAUGGGCUUUAGCUUCUUGUUUAAGGUGGAUGAAAGUUGUGUUUGGAGACACAGAGAAGAAAGGAAAGUCAAAGUGCAGGAUGAGGAUGUGGAAACUGUGACCAGUGGUAGCAACGAACUGGAGUUGGAAGACAUUGAACUCCUAGCACCAGAAGGAGAUGACAGCAGCAGUGAUGAAGAGAAGGCAGAGCCUCAAGAAGCACCUAAUGGUGUAAACAUCAAGACUGAAACUAGCCUGGAGGAAGCUCUUGCUGAAACUAUCCACGAGGAGGCUGUUGCUGACCCAGACAGGGACAGGAUAAACAAUCCAGCAGCACAGGAGGAAACCUCCGAAGAAGAUGGUGCAGAAUCUGAAGAAGAGGUUGAAGGUCAGGAGCUUGCAAGCGAAGUGAAAGAUGAGGAGAUGCAGUAUCCAGACACUGCCAUCGAUCUGUCACAUCUCCAGUCACAAAGAUCCCAGCAGAAGAUGAUUAUAAAAGAGGAAGUAUCCGACUUGAGCGAUAGCAAGUCACAUGGGCGAAGGCAUUUGUCAGCCAAGGAGAGAAGAGAAAUGAAGAAAAGGAAGCAGCAAAAUGACACAGAAAACUUGGAGGCAUUAGAAGAAAGGGAAAAAGAGAGUAACUCUCUGCUAACACCACCUGCUGCUGCCAGUAAGAGCAUGUCGGCCCCUCAGCCCGUGAAACGAGGACAGAAGAGUAAAAUGAAAAAAAUGAAAGAGAAGUACAAGGAUCAGGAUGAAGAAGAUCGUGAACUUAUAAUGAAGCUCUUGGGUUCUGCAGGGUCAAACAAAGAUGAUAAAUUGAAGAAAGGGAAGAAAGGAAAAACAAAAGAAGAGCCAGUGAAGCGACCACCUCAGAAACCAAAGAGUGGACAGCGGGCAAACGAAGGCGUGAAAGAAACGCCUCCAGGCGGAGUGGUGUUGCACGACUCGCAGGAUGUAGCCCCAGAAGAGCAGCAGGAUGAGAAGGAUGAACAAGAUCAAGAUCAGCAGGGAAUUGAGGAAGGAGAGACUUUGCUGGAUUCUUUAACAGGCCAGCCUUACCUUGACGACGUACUCCUCUUCGCCAUACCAAUAUGCGCGCCGUACACCACCAUGACAAACUAUAAAUAUAAAGUGAAGCUUACACCGGGCACCCAGAAGAAAGGAAAAGCUGCUAAGACUGCCUUGCAUAACUUCAUGCAUUCCAAAGAAGUGACUGCAAGAGAGAAAGAUUUAUUUCGCAGUGUAAAGGACACUGACUUAUCGAGAAAUAUUCCUGGUAAAGUGAAAGUAUCUGCACCUAAUCUCCUGAGUAAGAAGAAAAAAUGAUUGCUGAUAUCUAUGUAAUCAACAGUAAGCAAGUUCCUGGAGCUGCCUGUAGAAGAGGGUAAUGCCACACCUGCUAUCUGGGCUUCUUCCAGCCUCCUGAUCGACUAAGUUAACUGUUUAAAAGAAUAUAAUCGACUUGACUAACCUGGUCAACAGGCAGAGAUGGACUAAGGCAAAAUCUGACUUGUGCCUAGACAUAUUUAUAAGGACUUGGUACAUGGGGUUCAAGUGUACAAGUAAAUUAGUAUUGGCCUCUGCUCAGAG